CCGAACCCCUUUGAGGCUCUGAGCAGCAGAAAGGGCUUGGGAGGGGCUCUCCUUUCGCUGUGCCCAUAAACAGCAACGACUGCGAGGAGCCGGUGGAACCGGCCUAGCCAGACGCCAUGCACAGAACAAGGCUUCCCAGGAAACUGGGCCUGCAAACUCCUCUGUCUGCUGCAGAAAGGCUCCUGCGUGCGUGGUAGCUGCCUGCCAACUUGGGCCAGUGUCUCCUCCCCAGCUUGCCCAGCAUGAACCUCCAAGCACCUGGCUGAUGAUCUCAUUGGCGAGUAAAGGGGGAGCAGCUCACUGCUGUGGCUUUUCUGGGGUAGUUGGAAGAACCCAGGAGGGUGCUGCCCGGUGCAAACACUUGUCUUCAAAUGAAGAUGUGUGCGUAUUUAAGUGUUCUGUGUCCAGGGAGACGGAAUGCAGCCGCGUGGGCAAACAGUCCUUCAUCAUCACGUUGGGGUGUAAUAGUGUCCUUAUGCAGUUUGCAACACCGACUGAUUUCUGUUCCUUUUAUAAUAUCCUGAAAAACUGCCGGGGUCACAACAUAGAGCGGUCAGUGUUCAGCGAGCGGACGGAGGAGUCUUCCGCAGUGCAGUACUUCCAGUUCUACGGCUACCUGUCCCAGCAACAGAACAUGAUGCAGGACUACGUCCGGACGGGCACGUACCAGCGGGCCAUCCUGCAGAACCACAGUGACUUCAAAGACAAGAUCGUCCUGGACGUCGGCUGCGGCUCCGGCAUCCUCUCGUUCUUUGCCGCACAGGCUGGGGCGAGAAAAAUCUAUGCAGUAGAAGCCAGCACGAUGGCCCAGCAGGCGGAGGUUUUAGUGAAAAGCAACAACCUCACGGACAGGAUCGUGGUCAUCCCCGGCAAGGUGGAGGAAAUCUCGCUUCCCGAACAGGUGGACAUAAUUAUCUCGGAGCCUAUGGGGUAUAUGCUCUUCAACGAACGCAUGCUGGAAAGCUACCUGCAUGCCAAGAAGUACUUAAAGCCCAGUGGUAACAUGUUCCCCACGAUCGGUGACGUGCACCUGGCCCCGUUCACAGACGAGCAGCUCUACAUGGAGCAGUUUACAAAGGCCAAUUUCUGGUACCAACCGUCCUUUCAUGGUGUGGACUUGUCGGCGCUUAGAGGAGCCGCGGUAGAUGAGUAUUUUAGACAGCCUGUUGUGGACACCUUUGAUAUCAGGAUUUUAAUGGCGAAGUCCGUUAAAUAUACAGUCAACUUCUUAGAAGCCAAAGAAGGCGAUUUGCACAGGAUAGAAAUCCCCUUCAAGUUCCACGUGUUGCAUUCAGGUCUAGUCCAUGGCUUGGCUUUCUGGUUUGAUGUAGCCUUCAUUGGUUCAAUGAUGACAGUGUGGCUCUCAACGGCCCCCACCGAGCCGCUGACCCACUGGUACCAGGUCCGGUGUCUGUUUCAGUCUCCACUUUUCGCCAAAGCCGGGGACACGCUCUCAGGGACGUGUCUGCUCAUCGCCAACAAGCGUCAAAGCUACGACAUAAGUAUUGUCGCCCAGGUGGAUCAGACGGGUUCCAAGUCCAGCAACCUCCUCGACUUGAAAAACCCCUUCUUCAGGUACACAGGCACGACUCCUUCCCCUCCGCCGGGCUCCCACUACACGUCUCCAUCCGAGAACAUGUGGAACACGGGUGGCGCCUACAACAUGAGCACGGGGAUGGGCGUGGCCGGGAUGCCCACGGCCUACGACCUCAGCAGUGUUAUUACCGGUGGCUCCAAUGUCAGCCACAACAACUUGAUUCCUCUAGCGGCCAGCGCGGGGAUUGUCAAUCACACGCACUCCAGGAUGGGCUCCAUCAUGAGCACCGGCAUCGUCCCAGGCUCCUCCGGCAGCCAGAGUGGAGGCGGUUCGAGCGCUCACUACCCGGUCAACAGCCAGUUCACCAUGGGGGGCCCCGCCAUCUCCAUGGCCUCCCCCAUGUCCAUCACCACCAACACAAUGCAUUACGGGAGCUAAAACCCCUCCGCCCCGUCUCUGAACUGACAGCGCCAGGAAACCAAAUGAAGAUGACCCUUCCCCCCUCCCCCUGUGACAAACUGUUCCCCCCUCCC